UUGGCUGCAUCGGUAUCAAAAAAAUUUAAAAGUACUUGUAAGAUUGAAGACCUACAUGUAACUGCUGUUUUGUAUUGAAAUAAACGCACAAGUCGCAGAAUAUGUUACAAAUAUUCAAUAUUCGUGCUUUAUGUAAGGGAUAUGUUGCAGCAAUAAAUUGCUUGAUAUUUUUUCAUUAUAUCAGAUAUACGUUAGAAACAACAAGUAACGAUAAUGGUAAUAAAGUUUGCAAUACGCAAUCCACUGUUUUAAAUGAAACUUUAACAUCGUGUGCAUUUGUGGAAGAGUUCAUUGAAAAGAGGACAGGAAGAUAUGUGGAUUUUCAAAAGCUUCUUUUACAAUAUGCAUCCAUUUGUCCAAUGCAGGAUGCUUGUGAUGUUAAAAUUAACCAUACAUUGGUGUAUCCUGAUGAAUUGCACGAUACUGUAACAGGUUGUUUUCGGUGUAAGUGUGAUCGAUCAUGCGCUUAUUUCGGUAAUUGUUGCCCUGGCUCACAUUUUGGUUACGUAGAAUACACGUGCGAAAAUACAAAGCUUUAUCCAAAAGAUACUGAAUUGAAAUACUAUAUGGUAGGAUCGUGUCUUGAAAGUUAUACUGACAACAAAACGGUUAUUGAACUGUGCAGUGAAGAAGUUGCACCAUGUACUGGAACAGUAUCUCAGUUGAUAUACAAAAAUAAGCAUUGUGGCAAAUGUAAUAAAGAGCCUGAAUGCACUGAAUGGAAAAUAUCAGUAGAAUGUGGCAACGCAAAAGCCACUUUGAGGAGCAAAUGCUUACAUUCUCUUCACAUUUAGACAUGAAAAGAGCACUGGAUGAGAACAACUGUUUGGUAACA